CCUCACAGUUUAAAAAGACAUACCCAUCUUAGCAUCAACACACCCUACAACGCAUCUUAUUCAGAGCAUACAAAAUCAUCCAUCUUAUCAUUACAGAGAUGGAGGCCAGACUGAUUGCGGUGGUUUUGUUUGUUUGCUCUGUUUGUCAUUUCACUGAAGCCCAGCUACCGGCACCAACAGCACUCAAUACCACCAUCACUCGUACCACUUGUGGCAGCUCUAAGCUGUGUGUGUCGACUCCGGGUAAUUGCGAUCCUUCAGGAAACUCCAGCUGUUUUUUCAGCUCUACUCAGCUCAGUAGUACAGUACUGACUGUGGAAAUCUCCGGCAGUACUUCAGGAUACGUGGCACUGGGACUCAUAGCCACUACCAACCUAACCCAGCCACUAAAUCAGGGAGUCAGUGCUGUGUUUGUCUGCGGCAACAACAACAACAGUUUCUUCUUCCAGACAGCUACUCAAAACGGCGCACAGUUGACUCCUGUUAAUACGAGCACCAUAAAUAUAACUAGUAUUCAGGGUUCAGUAAUGGCAAACCAGAGUCUUGUUCAGUGUACCUUCAACAUCACCUUCAAUUCUACUUUCACUCAGCUGCCUUUCAACGUCACUAUCCUUAAUGGAACCACAAAUGGAACAGCCCUGGGAAAUCUGACUACAAUAUUUAGCUCCGGACCAUUAGACCUGGCAAAUCCCAAGAGCAAUAUUCCAGUGGUAGUGCUCAACAUCACGCGUGACGGAUGUGGCAGCUCUAAGCUGUGUUUCUCAAACGCAUCUGGUUGCAAUCCUGCAGGAAACUCCAGCUGCUUUUUCAGCUCAGUUCAAACGAAAAGUCAAAAUUUCUCCUUUGAGCUCAGUGGCACGAAAGCGGGAUAUGUGGCACUGGGACUGAUGAAACAGAACUCUACUGUUGUGUUUAUCUGCGGCAAUGACACCACUGGCGGCAAUUUCUUCUUUCAAACUGCUAUUAAAAAUGGCACAAGUCUGACCCUUACAAAUGUGACCACUGUAUACAACAAUCAAGGUGUAGUAUCAAAAAACCAGACUCUUAUUCAGUGUAUCUUCAACACCACCACCACUUUGAACUUCAGCACCAAAGCUGAUGACACUAAGUACCAAGUCACCAUCAUGAGUGGAACCACCAACGGAACUCAACUGGGAGAUCCAGCUGUACUAUAUGACUCCAAAACGGCAAUAGACCUGUCUGAUCCUACUGCCCUGAAUCCAAGCAGCAGCAAUGCUGUAAGCCUCUGCACUAAUGUGUUGGCUGUGAUGCUCAGCGCUCUGACUCUCCGCCUCCUAUAAAACCCUGCCUUGUUACUUUUAAUAUAAUUCUCAGAGUCUAUAAAUGUGUGCUAGAGUAAUAGGCUGAUUGGUGCCUGUGUGUUUGUACAUAUAUGAAGCUAUACUUAAUUGGCUGAACAUGAGAACACAUCUGUGAUAUGUAAUUGUCACUUCAUUAUUUUUUUAACAGUCAAAAUAAGAUGUUAAUUUACACUCCCAUACACAUUCUACUUUUACAUAUAAUUUAUUCAGAGAGCAAAUGCACUGAAUAGAGUCUAGUUUAUGAUCAUUUUAGUUUAUAUUUUUGUUUUAGAUAAUACAUCUGGGUUAUUGUAGGUUGUUUCCCUCUAAAACAUUUCUAUUUGUUUUUCUCUUUUGUUGAUUGCUAUCACAUUAAAAGUAGAAAAAUAUCUAA